ACAAAUAAAAACACAUCAAGCUUAAAAGACCUUAUAUCCAUACUUAAUCAAAAUAUUGAAAUAUAUUUUAUUUUUACAACACUUUAAUAAAUAUGAAAAACUGGAAGAAAUACAUUUUAUGGUUUGCGCAGGAGCACACGGAUUUUCGUCAGGCGGAGUUUGAUUCGCUAGUGCAAUUGUUCAAUUUGGAAUAUCGAAAGAUAAGUUUGGAUUCUUUGAAGCCUUUCUGGAUUUUGGAGUUUCCAAAUGAAGACAGCGUACUAAAAAUAGGAUCCAGAUCUGUAGGUGUAAGAGCGAUUUUUGAGUUAUGGUCCCAUGGUCAAGAUUAUAAAAGUUUCCAUAAAGAGUUAAAAAAUUACAUAAAAUCUAAUGCGGCAGCUACCAAUUGCUGGUUUAAAAGAGAGUGUAGUUUCAAAAUCACGGUGGAAACAUACAAUAAGCAUCUCUUGCAGAAAGAAAAAGUACAAAAAAUUGAAACUAUGGACUACUUGCCUUUAGAGGGUAAUGUUGAUCUAAAGAGUCCAAACGUUGAAUGGUGGUAUAUAGAGUUUUGGGGUUUGGAUCCUACCAAUGUACCCGAAACUCCGGAAGAUAUUUUGUUUGGAAGAUGGUUAGGAAAUGGUCAGCGACACUUGAUCAAAGAAAUGUCUUUGAAAAAACGCAAAUUUAUCGGCAACACGAGCAUGGAUGCUCAACUAAGUUUAAUCAUGGCAAACCAAGCCUUAGUUCAGCCAGGAGAUAUUGUAUUCGAUCCUUUUGUAGGCACUGGAUCCCUUUUAGUAAGUGCUGCAAAGUUUGGUGGCUACGUUUUGGGUGCCGAUAUUGAUUUUAUGAUGUUACAUGCCCGUGCUAGACCUAGCAGAAUAACUCAAAAAGUUCGGGAAAAAGAUGAAAGCAUUCGGUCAAAUUUACAACAAUAUAACUGCGAAACUCGUUACCUAGACGUAGUAGUUGCCGACUUUUCGAAUCCGCUCUGGAGGGACACCAUCAAAUUUGACAGUAUAAUAACUGAUCCUCCUUAUGGCAUACGAGAAUCCACAGAAAAGGUUGAAACAAAAUAUAACGGCAAACCAAUCAACAAAGAUGUUCCACACUAUCCUUCAACUUCUCACUAUUCCUUGCGACAUUUAUACAAGGAUUUAUUGUUAUUUGCUGCUAAGCAUUUAAAAAACGGUGGAAGAUUGGUGUGUUGGCUGCCAUUUCACAAAGACGAUUAUACGGAAAAAAUGAUACCUCUUCACAAGAACCUUAGGUUGGUUUCAAAUUCGGAACAAUCUUUAAGUGGGCAAACUGCAAGGCGCCUCUUAACGUAUGAAAAACAUUCGGAACCAGAUAAAAAUCAGGAUUUCAAUGUUAUUUUUGACGAAUCAUUGAAUUUAGAUUUUAGAGAGAGGUAUUUCGAUAAUGCGGUAGAGAGCAGAAGCGAGAGGCGCAUGCGCAAAGCUGAACAAAGAGUCCAAGGGCGUUUGGAAGCAUUGAAACGUGGAAAAGCUGUGCUCAAUGGGAGGGAAAAUAAGUGUAAUUUAAAUAAGGCAAGAUUUAAUCAUCUUUAUAAUGCAGAAAGUAAAUAACUUACGUACAACAUUGCGCAAAACUAAAAGUAUCAAAUCAAAAUA